GCGGGGGCGGCUCCGCACCUGCGGGGUCCCGGCGGGGACGGGCGCUGCCCUUUUUUUGAAAUUUUAUUUUUAAAAAAUAAUUUCUUUUUUUUUUGGUGGAUUUCGUUUGGUUGUUCGUUUGGUUGGUUGGUUGGUUGAUUUUUUUUUGUGUUGUUCUUGUUGUUUCGGGGCUUUUCGCGGGAGAAGCGCAUCGCGGGAGACGGCGCUGCUGCCGCCGUCCGCUCGGCCGGUGCCGGCUGCGGGCGCCGGGGGAAGGUUCCCGGCGGCUCCGGGGGGCUGGCGCUUGGACAGCGGCGGCCCCGGCUAGCCCGGGCUCUCGGGGGCGAUUUCACACCCUCCUUCACUUGGCACCACCCUAAAUGCCGCUCUAACGAUCAGGGAUUUCCGAGAAAUGAACCCAGGAAGUAAUGUGAAAGGUCAUGUGAAGCUCUGUCACAGCAGAAAUUUUCUAAAAGAUUGCUUUACCUAGCUGAGCUUGGCAAAGAGAGGAUAUGAACAAUUAUACAGGUGGGCUACUCGGGGGGAGUGAAGAUAUAAGGCAUCCAAACAGGUACUGGCAACCUGCAGCUCUGUAAGAAUGCCACUCCAGCAGAUUUCUGUAGUGCCAGCGCGGGAGACUGCCAGCAAUGGGAGAAGUUCAAUGGGCACAAACAAAGAGAAGAGCAAGGAGGUGGAGAAUGAAAAAUCCCCAGGGCGUUCCACAAGUCGAUCAAGUAAUAUUUCAAAGGCAAGCAGUCCUACAACAGGAACAGCUCCCAGGAGUCAAUCUCGGUUAUCUGUCUGCCCCUCCACUCAGGACAUUUGUAGGAUCUGUCACUGUGAGGGAGAUGAUGAGAGCCCCCUCAUCACGCCGUGCCGCUGCACGGGCACCCUGCGCUUUGUGCACCAGGCCUGCCUGCACCAGUGGAUCAAGAGCUCGGACACGCGCUGCUGCGAGCUCUGCAAGUACGACUUCAUCAUGGAGACCAAGCUCAAGCCCCUCCGCAAGUGGGAGAAAUUGCAGAUGACAACAAGUGAGAGGAGAAAAAUUGUGUGCUCAGUCACAUUCCAUAUAAUUGCAAUUACCUGUGUUGUUUGGUCAUUGUAUGUUUUAAUUGACAGAACUGCUGAAGAAAUUAAACAAGGCAAUGAUAAUGGUGUCCUCGAAUGGCCAUUCUGGACAAAACUCGUUGUGGUGGCCAUUGGAUUCACAGGAGGCCUGGUCUUCAUGUACGUGCAGUGCAAGGUUUACGUCCAGCUGUGGCGCAGGUUGAAAGCCUACAACAGAGUGAUCUUUGUUCAGAACUGCCCAGACACCAUCAAAAAACUGGAGGAGAAAAGCUCUCCGUGCACUCAGCCCUCGGAGCUGAAGGACGCGGUGGUGGUGCCGGUAGCACAGACAGGUACAAACUCUCAGCCGGCGGCGGAAGAGGCGACGUCGGAGGUCAUGCCAGUUUGACACGGACAGCGCUGCUUCUCCCUCGCAGAGUAAGCCGUAGUGUCUGCUACACUACAAAUGCUACAAGAAAGUAGUAAUGACUGUGCAUUUUUUCAGUUUAAGAAGACCCCAACCAAACGACAAAAAAAAAAUACCCCAUACAAAAACCAAAACAGUACAAGGAAAAUGGAUCCAGCAAAGCAAUUUGUUACUGUAAGGAAUGUGACCAUUCGUGAUGUAAUUUCGCAACUAGUCAGCAAGUGUAGUGAAAGUGGAAGUGUAGAAAGUGCAAUAGAGAACAGGUUUAACAGACAAUGCCAAACCUAUGUAACAAUGUACUUUUUUUUUCCUAACUGGGCUGGCUGGGAAAAUAGAAAACAAAAGUGACACAAUGAUUUUGUUUACAGAAGACACAAAACCUUUCAUCUGUUUACUACUAGAAGUUGUAUUUGCUAUUUACCUUUUCAGAGAUACACUUCAAAGGGUACCAAUCCCAGUAAUAUGCAUUAACAGAAUCAAAGUAGAGAGAGCUGUACUGAGGCACUUCCUCUCUAAGCCUCAUAUGGUGACUGUCGAGGAGCCUGAAUGCUUGGGCAGCUGUGUCAAUAUGGAUAUUUGAACCAGUUGUUUUCAACUAUGGCUGGAUUUUUGAAAAGUAAGCAGUUCCAACCAGUAUAAACUCACAUUUCCAUAAGCUGCAGAUAGUUUUUUAUAAUUGUCAGGGAAGUAAGGAAGGAGACAAUACAUAGAUAUGCAUUUAGAAGAGCAGCUCCGCUGUUUAUUUUACUUUAUAGGAGUGAAUUAGGCAUAAAUUUGAUCCACAAGGUAUUGAGGCAGAAUUGUAAAUGAAAAAAAAAAAGCAGUUUACUGCAGAAUUACACAGAAGUAAAUUGUCUGUUAUCAAAGGUCUGAAAAAGGAUGACAUACUGAAGGAUGGAAGCAACUUUUGGUUUUAUUUUUUAAGAUUCAUGAUACAGAAAGGUAGAUGUAAUAGAACAUACCUACUUACAUAUCUUAAGAAAACAUUAGUUUUUAUCUCCUUGUUCUAAAAAGCUAGUUUUUCUCUUCCUGACUGAAAAAAAACAGAUCAAUGGUUUCCUUCUGUACAGGUAAACUUAAGGUGUUAGAGAUUCGACAGUUCAGUUGUUAAUUUUGUGUUUUGAGCACUGGCAUAUAAAAAUGAAGUGUGAAUAGCAUUAAAAGGUGCAAUAGAUAAAUGAAUGUAGAUAUAAUCCUGUGUCCAACUGGGUGAAUUAUGUAUAAGGAACCAAUUUUGUGAUUCACUUUGCAAAACUGUGGUGUUUACUGUAAGGACACAAGAGCAAGUAUUGACUCGGAGUAGUUAUGUACUGGUGUGCACAAGUCUGGGGCCUGAACAUAAUGUGUAUUUUAAAAAGAAGUUGGAAGUUCUUUUUUAAAUCUUGUAUUUAAUAAAGGAGGAAAAGCAAAAAAGGAUAUAAAGAACCAGAGUAAUGAGGACAGGAGAGUAGAGAUUCACUUAAAGGAGGGGUAUCUGCCACAAUUACAAGAGAACUGGAGUUCUACAGAA